CAAGCAAUUUCCCCAUUAUGUUAAGGGUGUCCCACCCACCCUUAUGCUUCAGCUCAGACUCUUCCCUUGUUUUUACCCCCCCUGGUGCCCCAACCCAGACAUUUCCCUUGUCCCUACUACCUGAAACCCAGCUGUAUGAGGCUUUGCCAGUUUCUCCUCUCCAAACCCUGCCUAGGCCUCCCCACUGGUUUCAAGCUUCAGGCCAUUCAGCAACCAUCCUCCCAAUUCUAGCUGCUUCCUAUACUUCACUGAGGGAUGUUGAGAGAAGGGGGCCAUGUUUAGGGUAGGAGGGGUUUCAAAGCCAAGGAGUAGCAGCCAGGAUGGAGUGGAGGCAGAUACUAGGGUGAGGCAACAGAGGCCUCACUCUCAGGGUUGUGGGUGUACCUGCACGUCCUGCACUUCACUUGUGCCCUAUGUGCCUCUCUUGCCCAGCUUAGUGCCACUGCUGGUUAUGGGGAUAGACUUGCAGAAGGGAUGAGGGUGGUGAAAAUUUGCUGUUUUCCACACCUGUGGGGAAAGACUGAGAGAAUGGAAUGCUACAUUCCAUUUAAUAGACCAGUUUGGCGGUGAACUUACCCACCAUCUAAGGCUGAUAUGGCCUGAAGAUCCUGAAGAGCAAGGGUUUUACCAGGCUUCCUUGUUUGGGGGCCUGAGGGGACAAUACAACAUUAACACUGGACAUCAUUAGAAGACAGUCUACAGAACACUCAAAGGGAGGUUGGAUUCCUUCACUUAAUAGAGAAGGAGGGCUUCCUGCCCAGUUUCUGGUGGAACCUGGGUGGGGGCAGGAGGUUUAAAGGCCUGAAAGGCACUAGAGUUUGAGCCAUCUUGAGCCAUCUAGCCAGCUGCUAGCACCCUAGUGCCCCUGUCCAGCUGGAUUAUGUAGAUCUCGGUGACAGGUGUUCCCAGGUGCAGACUUGAGACAAAGGAACCAGGAAAUCAGGCCUGCCUGAGCUCAGGUAAUCCGAGGCCCUGCUCCCCCUCUUUCUGCAGGCCUGCCUUGGGGGAGGGGGCGCACAUCCACAGAAUUGACUUCAUGGUGAACUGAACAGGAUCAAAGUCCACAGGGAGCGGGGGAGGGGGCAAUCCAGGAAAUCUUCCUGGUGGCAGUGCAUUCUUGGCAGGGUUCAGCAGGUGCAAGAUCCUCUGGAGCACCGUGGAGUGCAAAGGCCGCCCCCCACCCCACCUGUGGGAGAUGUAGGCCCCGAGGGAGGCUCGGCCAGCGCCAGAAGCCGGCAGCACUGCCUUCCAGUCCUGGCCUCUGUCAGCCUGGGGGCCUCUGUGUAGUACUGACGUCGGGGAGGGGGUCCCUCUCGGGCCAGGCCCUCUGCAGACGAAUUGGGAAGACCUCCCUUGCCACCUGCUGCAGCUUCGGCCUGCAUUCGGUCAGUCCAGUCUGCGUGCCCAUGGCACCGCCCUCCCGCGACACCCGCGCAUGCUGCAGGGGCAGCUCCGCCCACCCAACCUGGUGACCGGGUUCCUUCCCGUGCACGUAGCCUCGGGGCACCUGCCGAGCGGCAGCUCCGCGAGGUAGGUUCUUCAUUCCUCCCAUUUCGCAGAGGAUGGCUCAGUCGGCCCGUCCAAAGUCGCGCAGCUGGUUCGGGCCGAGCCCCGACUGCGAGAGUCAGCCACAUGGCCCCUGCAGACCGGGCCUCGGAGGGUCCCAGGCUUGAGGACCCAUCGGCCCCCCACUCCCUUGGAAAGGCAAGGAGAGGAGCCUGCGCUGGUAGUGAGCUUCCACUUCCACCCUUGACUGCAACACCUUAGGUGCCCUCCUGGCUUAGUCAUGGCGAAGCUCGAGACACUUCCCGUGCGUGCUGACCCAGGGCGGGAUCCCCUCCUGGCCUUUGCCCCACGGCCCUCUGAGCUUGGACCCCCAGACCCCCGCCUGGCCAUGGGCAGUGUGGGCAGUGGGGUGGCCCAUGCCCAAGAGUUCGCCAUGAAGAGCGUGGGCACCCGCACAGGGGGUGGGGGCAACCAGGGCAGUUUCCCAGGCCCCCGAGGCAGUGGCAGUGGGACCAGCAGGGAGAGGCCAGGCCGAUACCCCUCAGAGGACAAGGCUCUCGCCAACUCCCUCUACCUCAACGGCGAGCUGCGGGGCAGUGACCACACAGAUGUCUGCGGCAAUGUGGUGGGUAGCAGCGGUGGCAGCAGCAGCAGCGGUGGCAGUGACAAGGCUCCACCACAGUAUCGUGAGCCCAGCCACCCACCCAAGCUCCUGGCCACCUCUGGCAAGCUAGACCAGUGCUCAGAACCACUAGUUCGGCCAUCAGCCUUCAAGCCUGUUGUACCCAAGAAUUUCCAUUCCAUGCAGAACUUGUGUCCCCCGCAGACCAAUGGGACCCCUGAGGGACGACAGGGCCCUGGUGGCCUCAAGGGUGGACUAGAAAAGUCUCGGACCAUGACCCCAGCAGGCGGAAGUGGGGGCGGCCUCUCAGACUCAGGCCGGAACUCACUCACAAGCUUGCCCACCUACAGCUCCAGCUACAGCCAGCACCUGGCGCCCCUCAGUGCUUCUACCAGUCACAUCAACCGCAUCGGCACUGCCAGCUAUGGCAGUGGCAGCAGUGGUGGGGGUUCGGGCUACCAGGACCUGGGGACUUCUGACAGUGGGCGGGCCUCCAGCAAGAGUGGGUCAUCAUCAUCCAUGGGGCGGCCAAGCCACCUGGGAUCUGGGGAGGGUGGAGGUGGAGGCCUGCCAUUUGCAGCCUGCUCACCACCCUCGCCCAGUGCACUGAUCCAGGAGCUGGAGGAGCGGCUAUGGGAGAAGGAGCAGGAGGUGGCAGCUCUGCGGCGCAGUCUGGAGCAGAGCGAGGCAGCUGUGGCCCAGGUGCUGGAGGAACGGCAGAAGGCAUGGGAGCGAGAGCUAGCGGAGCUGCGGCAGGGCUGUAGCGGGAAGCUGCAGCAGGUGGCCCGCCGUGCCCAGCGAGCCCAGCAGGGACUACAGCUGCAGGUGCUGCGGCUGCAGCAGGACAAGAAGCAACUUCAGGAAGAGGCGGCCCGGCUGAUGCGGCAGCGGGAAGAGCUAGAGGACAAGGUGGCCGCCUGCCAGAAGGAGCAGGCCGACUUCCUGCCCCGGAUGGAGGAAACUAAGUGGGAGGUGUGCCAGAAGGCCGGGGAGAUUUCCCUUCUGAAGCAGCAGCUGAAGGACUCGCAGGCUGAUGUAUCCCAGAAGCUGAGUGAGAUUGUGGGUCUGCGCUCACAGCUGCGGGAGGGCCGGGCCUCACUGCGGGAGAAGGAGGAGCAGCUGCUCAGCCUGAGGGACUCCUUUGGCAGCAAACAGGCCAGCCUGGAGUUGGGUGAAGGUGAGCUGCCUGCCACCUGCCUCAAGCCUGCACUGACCCCCGUGGACCCCGCCGAACCACAGGAGGCACUGGCCACCUGCGAAAGUGAUGAGGCCAAGAUGCGCCGUCAGGCUGGGGUGGCAGCUGCUGCCUCCUUAGUUUCCAUGGACGGGGAGGUGGAUGCUGGAGGGGAGAAUGGGACACGGGCCCUAAGGCGGGAGGUGGGGCGGCUGCAGGCUGAGUUGGCAGCAGAGCGGAGAGCCCGGGAGCGCCAGGGUGCCAGCUUUGCAGAGGAGCGCCGCGUUUGGCUGGAGGAGAAAGAGAAGGUCAUUGAGUAUCAGAAGCAGCUGCAGUUGAGUUAUGUGGAGAUGUACCAGCGCAACCAGCAGCUGGAACGGAGGCUUCGGGAGCGUGGGGCAGCAGGGGGUGCAAGCACUCCUACCCCGCAACAUGGUGAGGAGAAGAAGGCCUGGACCCCUUCCCGCCUUGAACGCAUUGAGUCCACAGAAAUCUGAUCCUCCACCUGGGCACGUGGCCUUCUGACAAGUGCCCUGUCUCAAGGCCAGAGUCCCCAGCCUCCCCUCCCUUCCAUUUCCCUUCCCAAUGUGCCCCAUGUCCCCAGACCAAAGAGGUUCUUAGAGCAGCUGUGACAAGGCUCCUCCCUGCCCCCUCACGCCCUCCCAGUUCCAGUACUGCCCCUGUGGGUAGUCACUCGGACCCUCCUCUCAAGGAGAGAAUGGGGAAAGGGCAGAGUGCAUAGGGAUGAGAGCCCAGGCAGCAGGGAGCAUGCCCCCUUUCUGGGCAGCCCCUUGUUGGAGAUGGAGGCAGCAGGCCUGCAGUGCCAUAAGAUGCCCCAGACCCUCAGGGAGUCUGGGCUGCUGUUGUUGGCCACUUGUGUCUAGUGAUGCUUUCUGUGCUCACUUCCUAGGCCGUGGAGCCUGAAGGGGCCUGCACGGGUCUGCCAAGGCCGACAGACCCUGGGCUCCUGGCCUCUCUCCUUCCUGUGGUGUUAUCCCUCCCUGGGCAGAUUGGCAGGACAAGUAGGAGCAGAUGGCCUGCCUGUGUGGUUGAGAGGGCUACCUGCCCAGCCCCUCCCCCGUAAGGUCUCUUGGGUUCAGGCCUCAGAACCUGGCCUGGCCCUGAGUGUGUAUUCCUCUGUGUGUGUUGGGCUGGAAGCUUAGUGUCCAAGGGAGAUCUUCCCUCACGUUCUUGCGAAGGGUCAUCUGGAGGUUUCUACCUUCACCCUUCUGGCCAGGAUCCUGCAGGGCAAGAGCCCCAGAUGCUUGGCUUACCCCACACCCAUGGCCACUGUCGGCUCUAACUACAGCUAUUAAGUGCUACCUGCCUCUCAGGCACUCCCCUUGCCCAGCUUCUGAGGUCAGAUGAGUGUCUGUGAUGUCUUCCUGUGUCUUCCCUCACUCACUUCCCCCAGUUUCCUGCUUUCAUGCUCAGAACAUCAUCUUCCCAGGCUGCCUCUUCCCCAGAGUCUCACUUUUCUUCUAGUAGAAAAUUCUGCUUGAUCUUUGGUGCACUGCCCACUUCCCAGCUCCACUGGCCCAAGUCUGAGCCUGAGGCCCUUGUUUUGGGGUGCCAGGAGGGUUGGAUGCAAUUGCACUUGAAGAACAAGGCUGACCUAAGAGGAACACAAACCUCUUGGUUCCUUGUCAAGCUCUGAGUUGGCUCAGCAUUUGCCCAGGGAGGCCUGGCAUGGCCAUCAGUAGGAGUUGGGACAGCCAAUGUCAUUUCCUUCUCUGGUGGCUCUCUCAGAAUCUAACUUCCCAAGAUAGGAAGGGAACUUGUAAUUUCCCUUCUAAGAAAGCAAAUUUCUAAUUCACCAGCAAUAAAAAUCAGAGGAGGCUUGGCCCUCAGCCCUUGUAUUUCUCUCUUUCAUUCUUCUACCCCCAAGAGUUUGGGGGCAGGGUGGAGAGAGCUGGCAACUACUGUGAGCAAGUCCCCCAGUCCCUGACCAGCCUCCUCCCAUGACUGGUGACUGUUUAAUGAGCUGUGCAUCCCCCACAAAAACAGGAGUGCCCUUCUAUGUGGCCUCUAACCCUCUGCACAGCCUCUUCUGGAUGGUCCUCACCAGCUCUCUAAGCUACAUGUGAGGCCACCCUGGCAACCACUGCCCAUCCCACUCACCUCUCACUGUACCUGCCCCAGAACCUGGGCCUGGGCCACAGGGGCUGGGAAAAGAGAAGGCAUUAGUAGGGGGAAAAUAAAUAAAUAAAUAAAUAAGUAUGUGUGUAUAUAUAUAUAUAUAUAUAUAUAUAUAUAUAUAUAUACACACACACACACACAUACACACGUAUGUAUCUCAGACUCAGCUUUGGGAUGUCCAACCACAAAAUAAAUUAUAUAUAAAUAUAUAUAAAUAUAUAUCUCUACCAUAUGUGAUGGAAAGACUUUUGUU